AUGGAAAUGUACUCGGCAAAAAUGGCGCAGAUCGAGAAAGAAAUAGCGAAAUUGCCAGAAGUGGAUGACAAUGAAUUGAUCAAAAAACGAGAUAAUGAGCAAAAUAUUUUGGACGAACUCGUUGAGAAAUGCGGAAAAGCGGAAGAGUUUGCAGAAAUCGAAAAAGAUUUUGAGAAGAAGCUCAGCGAAUUGAAAAUUAAUAAAGAAAAAUUUGAACAACUCUCGAAAAGACAUGAAUCGAAUUGGGAUGCGCUUUAUGGUGACGCAGAAAAACCGCUACCGCCGUGGACAAAUUGUGUAUCACAAAUCAGUGAAGAAAUCCGAUCUCGUCUCAAUUUUGUUGAAAACCAAUUGAAAAAUGCUCAACUUUCUGCUCAAGAGAGUAAGACAAAUGUGAAACAUCUCAUGGAUGAAGAGCAGAAGCUUAAUGCUAAGAUUCUUGUGUUGGAAGAACAGAUUUUUGAGGAAUCUGCUUGUGAACCUGAAGAGAUUUCAAAACGCCUGAAGGAAGUGAGAAUUCAGCUGAAAAAGGCCAGAAAGAAAUUGGAGCCAAUCAACGCAAAAAUCGUUCUUUACGAUUCUUGGAUUGAAGAAGUGAAUGAGAAAUCAUGUUGUCCACUGUGCGAGCGAAAAUUCCCUUCAAAAUCGGAAACGAGCUCGUUCUCACAGAAACUUCAUGACGUUUCAAUAAGUUUUCCAAAUGAACAAGAAAAUCUCGAAAAAUUGGUUUUAAAAAGUGAGGAACAGGAAGCUAAACUCGCAAAAGCUGACGUUUUGGGAUGUGAGUUGAAAAAAAUGAGGGUUGAUUUGAAAGAUGUGGAAAAUAAGUUGGAAAUUGCUAAAAACAAAUUGGAAGCAAGCGAAGAUAUAGUAAAAGAAAAGCUUGAAGGACAAAAAGAACUAUCGAAAAAUAUGGAAUACGUUACUGCUCUUCAGAAGGACGUCGGAAUUAUGGAUUCGUUGUUUGAAACGAUUCAACAUCUUGAAAAGGAGUUGUCCAAGCUUAAGAGAAGCCUCACAUCCCGUUCGGAUAAUGAAAGUUACGCAGAAUUGAAGAAGAAGUGUGUGCAACAGGAGACAGUGGUUCGUGAUUUUGCUCGACAAGUCGAUGAAAUUCAGAAAGCGGCAAACCAUAAGAAUAGCUUAAGAGCUGAGCUAAAUAAAAUUCGAGAACAACGCGUAUCUUUGGGUGAAUCUUCAGCUCAAGCAGCUCAUAUAUCAGAUACGAUCAAACAAAAAAACAUCGAGCUAUCUGAAUGCGAAGAAGAUAUAUCUCGAUAUCGAAGGGAAUAUCCCAUAGCGAAAUCAAAGCUUGAAGCAGUUACUAUGGAGAGAACUCAAAUAAAUGAUGAAUUGAGGCAGGAGGAAACCAAAAUGAUGACUGAGAUGAAUGAACUCAAACGGAAACACCAAACAAUGAUGCAAUUAAAUGAACGUCUUGAAAUGCUGACAACAACGGCAAACGAACUGACAUUGAAGAGAGACUAUCUUCGAAAUAUCAAUCAGCAGAUUGAAGAUUUUAAUAAUCGUAAAAUUCAGUUGGAAUUGAAAGUUUCGAAUAUCGACGGAUCGCAAUCAAAACUUCGAACGCUUCAAGAUCAGUUAACCCGAUUGCUGAUUGAGAAGAAGAUGACAGAAUUAGAAGAUGAAUUGGAUACUUUGCGUCGACUUGGGGCGAAUAGGCAAACACUUAAAGAAGCGACUCAUUCUUUAAGAAAAAUAAAUCAGGAUUUGGAUUUGAUUGGAAAAGAAUUUACAAGAAUCAGUGCUGUUCUUGGUGAAAAUGAUUUGAGGCUCACCGAGUCCAGCAAAAAACUCAUGACGCUUGAUAUUGUUAAUGCCGAAAAUAAUUAUCGGAAUGUCGUUCUCGAACAGAAAAUUAUUGAAGAAACGAUUAAAGACCUCGAGAAAUAUCGAAAAUGUUUCGAUGAUUCGCUUUUGAAAUUUCACCAGGAGAAAAUGACAGCAAUCAAUGAGAUUAUCGAUGAAUUGUGGAGAAGAGUAUACAAUUCGACUGAUAUUGAAACUAUUCGAAUUCGAUCGAAUACAAAUGAAAGCAGUGCCAAGAAUCGAGCAUACGAUUACACUGUUCUAAUGGUUCAGGAAGGUGGAAAGGAAAUCGAUAUGAGAGGAAGAUGCAGUGCUGGCCAGAAGAUGCUCGCCUCUUUGAUAAUCCGAAUUGCUCUUGCUGAAGUAUUUGGUGGAUUGUGCUCUAUGAUUGCCCUUGAUGAACCAACGACAAAUCUUGAUGAUGGAAAAGUGGAAGGAAUGGCUGAUGUUCUUGUUGAAUUGAUUGAAGCUCGACAAGCAGUUGAUGAAAACGGUCAAAUAAGAGGGAGGCAAAUGCAGGUAAGAAUUUAG